AUGGCAACAGCCCGCGCCCUUUCCCGGGCCGUUGCCCCCGCUCUCAGCCCGAAGCACCUCCUCCGCCAGCGCCUGCUCACCUCCCGUCGCUUCACUACUUCUCAGACACGGCCGCACCAAGACGCCUUGAAAUCCAUCCUCAAGAUAUCCCCGGAGGUCACUGCCGCCCUAGCCGCCAACCGACCCGUCGUCGCCCUCGAGUCCACCAUCUACACCCACGGCGCCCUCAGCGAUGACCUCAACCUGGAAGCCAUCGUGCGUUCCCACGGCGCCGUCCCAGCGGUCUGCGGCAUCCUCGCCGGCGUGCCCACCGUGGGCCUCUCGCGCGCCGAGGUCGAGACCAUGGUGCGCGAAGGCGCCAAGAAGGCGUCUCGCCGGGACCUGGCCUUCCUCAACGCGCGGGGCGGCAUCCUGGGCGAGAAGGGCGGGCCGCACGGCGGGACGACCAUCUCCGGGACCAUGGUGCUCGCGCGGCUGGCCGGCAUCCGCGUCUUCGGCACCGGCGGGCUCGGCGGCGUGCACAGGGGCGGCGAGAGCUCGAUGGACAUCUCGGCGGACCUGACGGAGCUGGGGCGCACUCGGGUCGCCGUGGUCAGCAGCGGGUGCAAGGGUUUUCUAGACAUUCCCCGGACGCUGGAGUACUUGGAGACACAGGGGGUCUUGGUGUCGACCUUCGCGGACGGCAAGACGGGCGGGGUCGACUUCCCCGCCUUCUGGGCCAGGGACAGCGGAGUGCCGAGCCCGUCUACCGUGAGCGACGAGAGGGAGGCGGCGGCGGUCAUCUUGGCGCAGGAGCGGUUGGGAAUCGAGAGCGGGCUGUUGUUCGCGAACCCGAUCCCGGAGGAGUUCGCGAUCCCGAGGAAGGAGAUGGAGGAGGCGAUCGAGACGGCCGUGCGGGAGGCCGACGAGAAGGGCUUCACCGGGAACGCCAACACGCCGUACGUCCUCGGGCGCAUCAGGGAGCUCACGCGGGGGAGGAGCGUGCCGGCCAACAAGGCGCUGGUGCAGGCCAACGUCGCCCGGGCGGCCAAGAUCGCGGUAGAGCUAGCAAAGCUGAUGGACGGCUCGCCCGUCACGCCGGUCAUUAAGACGAGCUCGUCGCCAGCGACUCGGGAACAGGGGAAUGUAGCAGCAGCACACAAGCCAGAGCCGGUAGACGUCCUGGUGGCCGGCUCCGUCGCCCUUGAUCUGAGCUGCGAUUACGUCGGCGGUAGUGGCGCGGCGGGAGGUAGCAGUAAGGCGGUGUCGCCGGCGCUCCACACAUCCAACCCCUCGACCAUCAGCCAGUCCGUAGGCGGCGUCGGGCACAACGUCGCCCUGGCGGCCCACAGGGUAAUAAGCGGCGAGGCCAAAGUCCGGCUGUACAGCAUGGUUGGCGACGACAUCGCCGGCUCGACCAUCCUCUCGACCCUCCAGGGUUCCGGGCUUGACACGUCGUGCGUCCGCCGGCUCGGGCGCGAACAACACCCGUCUGCCCGCACGGCGCAAUACGUGGCCGUCAACGACGCCGACAAGAACCUGGUCAUGGCCAUGGCCGACAUGGACAUCUUCUCCGCCCACUCCUACCCAGACGACUGGUCCGCCACCGUCGCGGCCGCCAAACCCAAGUGGCUCGUCGUGGACGCCAACUGGUCCGAAGCCGGCAUUCGGGCCUGGCUCCGCGCCGGCGCGGACCACAAGGCCCGCAUCGCCUUUGAGCCCGUCUCGGCCGCCAAGUCCCGGCGUCUGUUCGCCCCGGUGCCGUCGUCCCAGAAAGCAGCAGCACCUUCGGUGUCGGGGUCGGCGUCCCCGCCGCAACGGCCGCUCGGCGUCUACCCGCACGCCAGCGUCGACCUCUGCACGCCCAACCAGUACGAGCUCCUGGCCAUGUACGAGGCGGCGCGGCAGAACGGCUACCUGGAGCACGACCAGCCGUGGUUCGAGGUCCUGGACGCGUUCGGGAUCGUGCGCGGGGCGCGGGAUCGCUUCGUCGACAUCGCGUCGGCCGACAUCGCGGACGCGGGCAUCCCCGUCCAGAGCGUCAACCUGCUGCCCUACAUACCGACCAUCGUCACCAAGCUGGGCGCCCGCGGGGCGCUGCUGACGGCGGUCCUGGGCCGGGACGACCCGCGGCUGCGCGACCCGGCGCACGCCCGGUUCGUGGUCAGCCGGUGCCUCAACGACCACCCGCACGUGGGCGGCGUGUACAUGCGGCUGUUCCCGGCCGCCGAGCGCGUCUCGGACCCGGCGUCGGUCAACGGGAUCGGGGACACCUUCGCGGGCGUGCUGGUCGCCGGGCUGGCCAUGGGCGGCAGGCUGGAGGAGGGCCUGGUCGACGUCGCCCAGAGGGCGGCCGUCAUGACGCUCCGGAGCAGGGAGAGCGUCAGCGAGGAGGUGGCGCGGCUGAGGGGAGAUCUGAGGAGGGCCGUGGAGGCGUCGUUGAGGUAA